CUUUCUUUCCAGGAGCACCCCGAAGACCAUGCUCGCCCGCCACGUUCUGACCAAGUCCCGCGCCAUUGCGGCCGCCAGCGCCAAGCGCUCGUUCUUUCGCUCGUCCUUGGUGAUGACGGAGAAGAAGGAAGGCGAAGGCGAGACUGCUGCGCCUGCCGCCGAAGAGGCUGCCCCGGAGGACCCCGUUGCCGCCCUCACGGCCGAAGUCGAGGCGUUGAAGGCCAAGAACGCCGAGCUCAGCGACAAGGUCCUCCGUGCCUUGGCGGAUGCUGAGAACGUGCGCCGCAUCUCGCGCCAGGACGUGAACAACGCCCGCGAAUUCUCCAUCUCCAAGUUUGCCAAGAGCCUCUUGGACGUCUCGGACAACCUCAAGCGCGCUCAUGAAAGCAUCACGCUCGAGGAAAUGUCGCCGGAACACAGCUUGGUCGCGAUCAAGUCGCUCCACGAAGGCGUCGUCAUGACGGACAAGGAGUUGCAGAAGGUCUUCAACUCGUACGGCAUCAACAGCGUCGGCGCGGUCGGCGACAAGUUCGACCCCAACUUCCACGAGGCCAUGUUCGAGUACCCGGACGAGAAGCAGACGCCUGGCACCAUUGGCCAGCUCUUGAAGGUCGGCUACUCGAUCCACAGCCGCUGCUUGCGGCCGGCGCAAGUGGGCAUUAUCAAGGCCCCGCCCGCCCAGCAAUAAGCACCUCACGUUUCGUAGAUUUUCCCAUGUUAUAGACCCUAAUGCACCUUUGACGCUAUUCAACCUCAUAUUCCUAGUGGCCUUUGACGUUGAGCACGGUCUUUGCAUGGGCCACAAUGUCGGCGGUGGGCGCGAGCGCCGACGCAAUCAGGUCCGCGUCACGGUACGCCGACGGCCGU